GGCUCCUUCUAGACUAUUCUGCGACAUCUUAAUCAUUAGCCUCGCCAUCUUCGAGGCUUACGAGUCGGCAUCUGCCUGCCGUCAUUCAUUUUUCCUAUGAAAAAAUUUAUAUAAAUAGGGGAAAAGUACAUAAGAAGAUCUCGUUAUUAAUUUUUAAAAAUGGCAUCCUCAUCAGCCGAAGCUGAAGAUACCAGCUACGUCAAAAUGGAUAAAGAAGCCGACAUAUCGCUUGUCGGCAAGCACUGCCAACUCGAAUACUGCAACCAGCUCGAUUUCCUACCCUUCUUUUGCCAGAGCUGCAAGAAGACAUUCUGCCUCGACCACCGAAGCGAGACCUCUCACAAAUGCGCCAAUGCCGGCGCCUGGGCCGAACGACGACGCCAAGCUCAGUUGGCAAAACCCUCCGUGGGCGAGGGGAAGCGCUUGCGCGACCUCGUUUCGCAGAAGCCAUGCGCCGCGACGGACUGCAAGACUGUCGUCGGCACAUCUCUAGUCCCCGGCGUUCACUGCUCGACAUGCAAUCGCGAUUACUGUCUUAAGCACCGGCUAAAGGAGGAGCACGACUGCAAAAAUAAAAUCCCUAUCGGCGCGCGCCCCCAGUUCGACGUAUCCGAACAAACGAAGUCCGCAUUCGCAAAGUUGAAGGCUUGGGGCGCCGCUAAGAGAGAGGUAGCGAGUCGGGCGCUUCCGAAGCCCAAGCCUACGUCAGCAUCAGCGCGCCUCGUCGCCGUCAAUAACCUGAAGAAAGUCGCCAAGGGGGAUGUUAAGUUGCCACCUGAAAAGAGGGUGUACCUAUAUGUGGAAGCAGAGGCCGAGACCACAACGGCCAAGAAUUAUAAGGGCGAGUUUUUCUUUUCGAAGGAUUGGGUCAUUGGCAGAGUACUGGAUGCCGCGGCCAAGAGUCUACAGAUCGAGAACGUCAACAAUCAGUCUUCCGAGGAAAGGGAUAAGCUUCGGGUAUUCCACGUUGAAGGAGGGCGGGUAUUGGAGUUCAACGAAAAGGUUGGCUCUGCGCUUGUGAGUGGUAACACGAUAGUGUUACUGCGAGGUAUAGGGCCACCGCCUGAUCUUAUCGAGAUGUAAACCUAAUCUUACGAAUUACGAAUUAUUGCAUUGCAUUUGAAACGGCGUUUCUAGAAUUGCAUUUUGAGCGGAACGGAGAUACCUAAAUCA